AUGCAUGUGCUAGGUGACUGGAAAGACAUUCGAAUCCAUAAUCAAUUGGAUGUCAUUACACACUCUCAAUUUGCAGAUGAUACUGUGGUGUUUGGUGAGGCAUCUAUGUCUAAAGCAAAAUGCAUAAUGGAUACUCUAAAUCUCUUUUCAGAGAGUUCGGGUCAGGUUAUGAACAGAGAUAAAUCUCAAAUAUAUUUCUUCAAUACCAAUAGACUGUCCCAGUUAAGGAUCUCCGAGUUUUUGGGGAUUAAAAUUGCAGAACUCCUUAUGAAAUAUCUUGGUAUAAGGAUUGACAAAGGCUUUCGACAAACACAUAUUUGGGAUGAUGUCCACCACUCCUGCGAAGCUAAAUCAUUGUUACGGAAAAAUCAUUGGCUCUCUCAGGCUGGACGGUUGACCAUGGUUCAAUCAGUUCUCUCGGUCAUUCAUGUAUAUAGCAUGUCCUGCUAUAAACUGCCACAUUCUAUAGGGAAGAAAUUGGAUAACCUCUUGAGGAAAUUUAUAUGGGAUGGGGCGAAAGAUGCUAACAAAAUUCCUCUCAUAAACUGGGAAACUAUGUGUCUUCAAAAAGAAUCCGGGGGUGCGGGCCUUAGGAAAAUGGAACUACAAAAUAUUGCUUUGGGGGCUAAGUUAACAUGA